AUGCCAAUCUCACAAUUUAGCAAAUACAAAGAUAUCAUUGAAGAAGGGGAUAUGGCUCUAAUUUGGAUCUCUCGUGACAAUUUAAAGCCUGUCACAAUUAAGUCAGGGCAAGUAUUUAAUACACGCUAUGGGUCAUUUUCCCAUGAUUCAAUGAUUGGUAAGGAAUACGGAUCCCAAAUAGCGGUUAGGACAAAGGGAAGUAACAGGUUUGGUUUUAUUCAUGUUCUUCAAUGUACUCCAGAAUUAUGGACAUUAUCUUUACCACAUAGAACACAGAUUGUGUAUACUCCUGAUUCAUCUUAUAUCAUGCAAAAGCUGCAAUGUGGUCCUCGUUCACGGGUAAUAGAGGCUGGAACCGGUUCAGGAUCAUUUUCACAUACAUUUGCAAGAAGUGCUAACAAACUCUUCAGUUACGAAUUCCAUCAGCUUAGGUACGGACAAGCUUUGGAUGAGUUUAGAGACCAUGGUUUAAUUGAUGAUGGAAAAGUUAUAAUUACUCAUCGGGACGUUUGUCAAAAUGGAUUUGAAAUUUCCAAAGCUGACACGACCUCCUACAAGUUUAAAGAGGGAGAAAACUCAGUUGAUAUUUCAGCGGACUGCGUAUUUCUAGAUCUACCGGCUCCCUGGGAAGCUAUUCCACACCUGGAUAAUGUUAUUUCUAAGACCAAGAAGGUAGCGGUGUGCUGUUUUUCGCCAUGUAUUGAACAGGUUGAUAAGACGUUAGAGGUCAUGGAGAAAUAUGGAUGGCACGAUGCCCAAAUGGUAGAAAUCCAAGGCAGACAGUAUGAAUCGAGAAGGCAGAUGGUACGUAAGCUUGAUGAUGCCCUAGAAAGGCUCAGGGAUGUAAAAAGGCGGAAACAGCAGGGCGUUGAACGGCGUAAGCGCCUAAGUGAGCAAUUAGUAAAUAAUGAAGAUGUUUCCGACGACGUUAGACCUACUACGCCCAAAACAAGCUACAAUCCGUUUGGAAAAGGAUCUCGAGUGAAGGAAGGAGACAAGCAGUUUGAGUGGAAACAAGUGGCCAAGAUCGAGGCAGAGAUAAAAUCACACACUUCCUAUUUGACCUUUGCGUAUAAACUUGUCGACAAGACUAGAAACGAGCAACUAGUAGAAGAACUAAUCGACAAGUACAAAGACUUUAAUCCUAAUGAAGAAGAGUUAAGUAAUAGGCAGAAGAAGAAAAGGGAAUUACAGACUACUUCCCCAUCAGACUGA